UCACCUCCAUCACACAUCCCACACUAAGGAGAGGAUAGGGGCAUCUCUUGUGUCACCUCCAUCACAUGUCCCACACUACGGAGAGGAUGGGGGCAUCUCUCGUGUCACCUCCAUCAGAUCCCACACUAAGGAGAGGAUGGGGGCACCUCUUGUGUCACCUCCAUCAUGUGUCCCACACUAAGGAGAGGACGGGGCGGUCUUGUUUCCCCACAGCCCCCAAGUCUCCCGGGGAGAAGACCCGCUAUGACACCUCGCUGGGGUUGCUCACCAAAAAAUUCAUCCGUUUGCUGAACGAGUCCUCCGACGGCGUGGUGGAUCUCAACCGGGCGGCCGAGGUGCUGGAGGUCCAGAAACGGCGCAUCUACGACAUCACCAACGUGCUGGAGGGCAUCCAGCUCAUCCGCAAGAAGUCCAAGAACCACAUCCAGUGGAUGGGGACGGGGAUCUUUGAGGACGUGGCGGUGACGGCGAAGCAGCAGGCGCUGCGGGGGGAGCUGGCCGAGCUGGCCAGGAUGGAGAGGACACUGGACCAGGUCCUGCAGGACUGUGACCUGCAGCUCCGGCAGCUGGCUGAGGACGAAGCCAACCACAGGCUGGCCUAUGUCACCUACCAGGACCUCCGUGCCAUCAGCAACUUCCAGGAGCAGACGGUGAUCGCCGUGAAGGCUCCUCCAGAGACUCAGAUGGAGGUGCCGGACUUCAGCGAGGACAACUUCCAGCUCCACCUGAAGAGCACCAACGGCCCCAUCGAGGUGUACCUCUGCCCGGAGGAGAUCACGGAGGAGAGCCCCACCAAGGACCACGAUGUCCCCCCCACUGCCACCACCACCCCACAGGACCAUGCCAUACCCCCUUCCCUUCCACACAGCCCCGGGCCAGCCCCACAGCCACCCCACGCUGUCCCCCAGACCUGGGGGGGGGGCACAGGGACAUCUUCCUCACCCCCAUCUCUGCCUCUCACCGUCCCGGGGGGGCCCAGCUCGUUGCUGGAGGUGGAGGCCGGGCUUUUGGGGUCACCCCCCCACCUCCUGCAGCAGACGGAGGACCAGCUGCCCUGCACCCCCUCCCACCUGGACUCAGGAGCCUUCGUCACCUUCUCGCCCCCCCUGGACCAGGAUGACUAUCUCUGGGGGCUGGAGGGCGAAGGUGUCAGUGACCUCUUCGAGGCGUACGACCUGGGGGACCUCUUGAAUCACUGAGUGCACCCCCCCUUUGCCGUUGUCCCCUCCGGUCAUUUGUGUCCUGAGAGCGUGGGGUCUCUGCGGGGUGGCCGGAGAUUGUGGGGUGCGUCAGGGGGGUGCUGGGUUUUCUGAGGGUGAUGGAGGAGGGCUCGUGGUGUCCACCUCUGGGUGGCUUCUCCUCGCUCUCCUGGCUUGGUUGUCACCCGGGGGGCUGUGGUUGUCACCCGGGGGGUGUGAUUGUCACCUCGCAGGGCUCCGGGGGCACCCUGAGGAGGUGUGAGCCCCUCAGAAGGAUCCAUGAAGGUCCUGUCCCCAAUAUAACCCCCAUCCCCCUAGACUUGGGGGGCUUUAGGGGCACCCCUGGGUGGCAAACCCCUGCCUAGAACGGGCCAUACUGGGGGGAUGUCGUAUUGUGGGACCACUCCAGUUGCUCCCCAGUUAGACUGGGUUUUUUUUGGUGUCGAUGGGUCGUUUCAAGUGGUGUUUUUCCCCCCCCCCCACAAGGCAGCUGGAAUCCAAAAUUGGUGGCUCCAGCAAAUCCCUGUCCAGGAUACGGAGCCAUAUUUCCUGGGGGGGCUGCAAACCCCUCUCCCCCCAGUCUGUACCAGUUCCCUCCAGCCUCAGAGCUAUUGGUACUGGGAGAGGGGGGGGGUAUCUAAACUGGAGCGUACUGGGAGGAGGGAUGCUAGCAACUGGUGGCUGGAGCAUCACCUGUGGAGAGGGGCUUGGGAAGCAGCGCGGGGACAAGACCCCGGAUACGGGGCUGGAUACGGCUUUUUAAUUAUGCCAUUGCAGAAUCUGUGUUAAUUAUUGCACUGUAUUUAUAUGGGAUCCCCCCCUUUCGGCACGGUGCUGGCGAGGGGGGGGUUGGUAUUUGUGAUUUUUUAAUUUUUUUUUUUAAGGGGAUAUAUUUAAAUUGUCCUUCUUCGGGUGGGUCGUGGGGUCUGGCUGGGAGGUGGCGUGGGUGAGAGUGUGGUUUGGUGUGGAAAAAC